GAGAUGUUUUAAAGAUGUUUAUUGAUUAAGCCACUCUCACUGAUUUGACUUUUCCCUUCAGCAUUUAUUCAUAAAUUCAGAUCCUUCUAAGUCCAAAACCUUGUUCCUUUGCUGAUGUAAACAUCUCUUUGUCUUGCGUUUGCUUGUUUGGCCAAUUACACAACAGGUUUUCUGUUUUUGCUUGUCAGUAUAACAAUGGUCACCCUGUCUGUCCGCUGCUCUCAUUUCAAAGUGAGAUUGCAGCCCACCUUGCCUGAGCUGGAAGGCCUGAUGAUCAUCUUUCAAUCACUCUUUUCCUCUUCACAGACAUUGUUUAGGAGGUGUGCUGUUUCACUGGUUGAAAUUUAAUCUGUUUCCUCCCAAAUUUACCUGUAGUCUCACAAAAAGUCUUUGGUUUCAAGGCAGUUAGUCAUUCAGAGGGACACAGUUCCGUCUUUUCUUGGCUGUCUAAACCAUCUGCCAUAAUAUAUAUCAGGUCCUCCUUGAUAUUAUUCUAAAAUUUUUAUUAGGGAUUUUCCAGACACUGGUUGUUUCUUAAUAGUACUAAAUUGUCUUGUCCCUAUGGGGAGUGUCUGCUCCACUGAUCCCUGUGCAUACUGAUAUGAUGAAACUGGGUGCGCCCAUCCUUCCUGAAAAAGGUGCUGUUUUCUUAAUGCUAUAGCUGUUACACUUAAAUAACUCUACUGAUUAAAAUGGAAAAAAAAUGACAGACAUUAAUUUAGAUCCACAGAAGAGGAACAAUAAAUUACAAUCUCAGGCAAAAGAAAAGUACAAGUCAGCAGAUGGAGUUUAAAAUCAAUCUUAAUUUAUGAGUCGCAAUUUGAAAUUCUGCACUGUUCUAAAGUUGUAUUGCUUAGAAGUCAUCAAAAAUCCCACAUUAUCUUAAAUUAGGAACUGUAAAGAUUCAUUUGAUCACAUUAACCAUAAAGGCAGAACAAUCCAAGAUCCUAAACCCUGCCACUCCUUAGACCAGCUGAAUUACAGGUAACAUAAUGAGCUCCUUAUUGUAGAUAAAAAGGAUCAAUUUGAUUACAAAGCAAAUCCUCUGAAUCAAGUUCUUAUAUGGAAAGUCUAGUUCAAAUCCUGCAGUACUUAAAAAUUGCAACAAUCAAAUACAGACAUCAAACUUACCCUGAAUUUUGAUAUAGUCUUUUACAGACCAAAAAAAAGUUGAAGUACAUUAAAAUUCUUCACUUGGGGAAUCAUAUGUUUUAAGAGGCAAAAAAUAAGAGAGAAAAAAGAGGUAAAGGAAAUAUACUCUGCACAUAAAGACAUCCUAAGCUUUAUUUGGCAAAUAUCUCUUUGCGAGUCAUGUUUUAAACGUUAAAGGCGGCUGUCAGUUGACUACAUGGAACCACUGAAAACCAGUGGAGCAGAACCCUUUCAGCUUUGACCUCUCAUGUCCGUGUCACUUCCGUGUUCCGCUCACCUGUUACACCUGUGUUACAGCGUUGUACUGUAGGUGUGACUCCAGUUCUGCCGGUGCACCUGCUGCGUUAUUGUGCCAUGACCGAGGAAUUCACAAAUUGCGAUUUAACAUGCUCAUCCACACCGGAGGAGACUUUAAACAGCACGAAUGUGGACUUUGAGCAGCCUAUUUUCUCCAUGUUGGCCGGGGGUAUGAAGGCGCAGCAGCAGGCUGGCCCCGUUGCGUGUCCGAGCACCUGCGGAGGCGGAGGAGCCACAUCACCGACUGCCACCACAUCCGACACCGAGUCCGGGAUCUUUUCUGUGGAAUAUGAGCUGUGUGUGGAUCACGAGUCUGAGUUGGAGUGGUUCUGUAACACCGAGCAGAAACUCAUCUGUUCCCACUGUUCCACCGGCUCCUGCCAUGGACACACCGUGACUCGUCUGGCCAGCAGAGUUACCGCAGUCAGGAACCAGCUGGUGGAUGUGUGUGAGAAGAUUCAGCUGCAGGCACUGAGGAUUGAGAAAUUUAUCGAUCAGACACUGACAGCCAAAGAGCAAAAGCUUCAGACAGCGGCAUGCAAGACAAGGGAGCAGGUGUUGGCUCAGAUCAGCGCUACACGAGAAGCUCUGGAGGAGGAAGAGCAGCGUCUCCUGGAGGAGGUGCAGAGAGAGGAGGAGAGGGUGGAGCAGUGCCUCCUCACACAGAGAGCCCACUGGAAGCAGGCUUUAACGAGUCUGUCGCAGACACGCUCCCGUUUGGUGCAAAUGCUGACGCACACUCCAGACGCACAGUUGGCGAUCAGUGCCCAGGAGAUUGCAGAAAGGGUGGAGGUAUCAGAGGGGGUCGGGGAGCCCUGUGACACAGAUCAGCUCAACUUAAACCCAGCCUGCAGUGACAGUAAGCUGCUGAGAGGUCUGUGGGCCACUGCACUGCUGCUGGGGCCAAACGUUUAUGGAUCAACCCAUCUAAAGUUUGAUGAGCGCACAGUGAGCCCUCUCCUCUCCUUGUCUGAUGACCUCUGCACUUUGACCUUCCUCCACAAAAAGACUCGUGAGUCUCUUCCUUACGACCCAGCACGCUUUGACAGUUGGCCCAAUGCUCUGGGUUCACCAUCGAUGUCAUCUGGCACCUAUAGCUGGGUGGUGAAUGUUGGCCAGAGCUGUGCCUUUAAGGUCGGGGUCUGCUAUGCCUCUAUAGAGCGCAAAGGCUCUGGGAACGAUGCACGACUGGGCUACAAUAGUCAGUCAUGGGUGCUGUCUCACUACGAUGGAGACUACUCUUACUGCCACGCUGGGAAGAAUGUGCCUCUACAGGUGGUGAAAAGACCCCAAAGGAUAGGCCUGCUGCUGGACUGGCUGAGUCAGACACUGCUCUUUUACGAGCCAGACUCCAAUGCUGUGCUGUACUCUGUCACAGAGCAGUUCAGCUCCCCCCUGCUGCUGGCAUGUGCCGUGACCGAUCGCAGUAUUACCAUACUGCACUGAAAACAUACAUGAAGUGAGCUUAGACAAGUAGAUACUACAGGGAGAGACUUCUCUGUCCAAUGUAUAUAUAUUAUAAGCAGUUAAAGAAGACCACAUUACAAUAAUGAAGACUUAAAACAGCAACAUUUUUAUUUAUUCAUCAUUCAGAUUUUUUUAACUGCUGUUAAGUGAUUUAUGUUGAAAUCUCUUCAUAUGCUGAUAUCAUACAGUAAUGCCAUAAUAUUACUAUUUUGACUGAUGAUUGUUUUUUAUUCUAAAGAUUGUUUUUGUUUGCAAUAGAUGAUGGAGUAUGAUCAGUUUGAUCUGUAUAAUAAAGUGUCCAUACUUUUUAGAAAACCUUGCUGACACUGGUUGAUCCAGAUUUUAAAUGUCACAUGGAAAAAGAAGUAACUACAAGAAUACUUUGAGAUUAUUUUGUACUGUUAUAAUAUUGUUUGAUAUAUGCUGAGUAAAGUGGUUAUAACUAACUAA